AUGACAGAGGACUAUCGGCCUCGUUCUCCUGAUUUUUCCUCUCCUUCUCAUCCUCCUCCCUCUUCUUCCUCUUAUCGCAAUCCGAGUGUGUCUCAGCAGUACGUUCCACCAUAUGAGGACAUGGCCCGUCGUUCAACUCGUCUUGCCCAGCCUGAUAUCGCAAUGCCCGAAUAUAUGCCUGAACAGAUCACCGAACCCGCUCCUGAGCCGGUCUCCGACUACGUCAUAGAGCCUAUGGCGCCUGCGCCUGUGAAGGAAGAAGAGAUGGCACCAGCUCCAGCUGCGGCUCCGUUUGGGGCGGGGAUUGAAGUAAAAACCAAGUUCCCCGUGGCGCGCAUUAAGCGCAUCAUGCAGGCUGAUGAGGACGUCGGCAAAGUUGCUCAAGUCACCCCGAUUGCUGUGUCCAAGGCCCUUGAACUCUUCAUGAUUUCCCUCGUCACCAAGGCCGCGCAAGAAGCCAAGGAUCGCAACUCCAAACGCGUUACUGCCUCACAUCUCAAGCAUGCCGUCGCCAAGGACGAGGUACUCGAUUUUCUUGCUGAUAUCAUCGCCAAGGUGCCAGAUCAACCAGCCGGCCGCAAACACGAGGAUGACGGGAGCGACCAGAACGAGGGACGUCGCAAGCGGGGAGGUCGGCGACCAAAGGAGGAGAGCGAUUGA